CCGCAUGUACACCCACGCCUACAUCCACAUCCACACUCACAUCCACACUCACAUCCACACUCACAUCCACACUCACAUCCACACUCACAUCCACAGGCACAACCAUACCCCUACCCAUACCCUCAAAAUGAUUUUGUUAAUGCUAUUUCAAUGUCUUGUUUGUUUUAUUUCAAAGAAAUAAUAAACAUCGAGAGAAAAAGUUUCAUUUUCUUCAACUUUAAAGUUAAAUUCAGAUGGUAUUUCAGUGUAAAACAGAAGGAAAAGAAAUCCGUUUUGAAUAUUUCUUUCACUCGUUUAUUUGAUGAAAAUCAUGCAAUUUGUAAUAGCUUUUUUACUCAACGUCUUUUUGACAUAUGUACAAGGUUUCUUAAUUUUCUAGUUCUUAUUUCAUUAUUUCAUUUUAUCAAAUAUAUUUAGGUCAAACUACAACAGCACCUAAUUACUAUUGUAAUGUAAAUAAUGAUGCUGUUAAAUUUACAUUGUCUUCUUCAUCUCAUUCAGCAUGGCAGCAAACAUCAAACUGUUCCUUACAACAAUGCAAUACAACCUCCAAUGAUAACAACAAUUGUCGUUUGUCAUCAACACCUUGCUUCAGUUAUUAUACACUCAACAAUACUGGUCAUUGUGCACCUGGUAUUCUAUGUUCUAUUUUGGAACCAUGUGACAAUAUCACCUAUAAUUGUGCAUCAAAUGCUUGCGUAUGCAUCGUUAACUCGUGCUGUUUACCACAAGCAGUAUGUCUACCAUUGAGAUUUAUAAAUUUUUGUAAAUCAGGUAAAAAUGCAGUUUACGCAAAUCUGUGA